UUUUAUUAAACCAAAAUGUUAGUCGAAAAUUGGUUAACUUCGAUAGUAUUGAUUUUCAGCUUAUGGUUUAAUCAAGUAAAUGGUUUACUCCAGCCUCUGAAAGAUGAUUUUUAUACUGAACCAUCCAAUAUCUCAGCUUAUAAACCGGGGGAAGUAAUUAGAAAAAGGUCAAUGCCCCAAGAACUUUCUCCUUAUUAUCCAGCUUCUUCCAGAAAAGUAUAUCAAAUUGUUUAUUGUUCCCAAGAUUCUUUUGGUAAAGCAGCUGCUUAUGUUGCUACCGUUUUUGAGCCAGAUAAUAAUCCAGACCCUUCAAAGCUUCUUGCUUACCAGGCCAUUGAAGAUGCUGCAGAUCCUGAUUGUGCUCCAUCGUAUACUUUCGCUGCUAAUACCACUUGGGUUAAUUCAAAUGGUAAAUUUGAGUUAUUAUACAUUGAACAUGCUCUACAACAAGGUUAUUACGUUGUUGCACCUGAUUAUGAAGGGUUAAAUAAUGCAUUUUGUGCCAAUAAAAAAACUGGUUAUGCAACUCUUGAUAGUAUUAGAGCAGCUAAAAACUUUGAUGGAACAAAAAUUGAUCAAAAUUGUAGUAUUGUUACUUGGGGAUAUUCUGGGGGUUCUAUUCCUGGAUUAUGGAGUUCAGUUUUGGCUGAAUCUUACGCCCCUGAAUUAAAUAUCAUUGGUGCUGCAAUUGGAGGAGCGGUACAAAAUACUACCUCUGUUGCCCUUGCAGUUGAUGGUACUUAUAAUGCUGGUAUUGCAGCAUUAGCCAUUAAAGGAAUGAUGAAUGAAUACCCUGAUAUGGAAGAUUACAUUUAUAAUGAAGCAUUAAGAAAAGAUAAAAUUGCAGAUUUCAAUAGAACGUCCGAAGUUUGUUUAUUAUCGUCUAUGAUCGUAUUUUAUAAUGAUAAUUUCUUUGGCAGCGGUAAUGAUUCAUAUUUUAAAGAAGGGGUUAAAGCAUUAACAGGUGGCCCAGUUAAAAGAAUCACCGAAGAAAAUGCAAUUGAUCUUGAAAAUGACCCAUUACCAAAAUUUCCAAUUUUCCUUUACAGCGGUAAACAUGAUAUUGAAGCACCAUUAGAGCAAAAUGCUGAGUUAAUUUAUGAAAUUUGGUCUGAAAGAAAUAUUAAUUCUUUAGAAUUUGAACUUGAUUCAAUUGCAAAUCACGAAGCUGGACUUUACUUAGGAGGACCUGCAGCAUUUGCCUGGAUCGAAAAUGUUUUCAAUAAAGGACCAGUUGUUAAAGGGUCUGAGAAGAAAGAGAGAUUAACAAGUUUACUUUACCCUGGGGUUGACCAUAAUAUUGUUAAAUUGACCUACCAGGCAUUGCAACAAAUUCAAAGGAGUGGCUUACCGGAUAUUUUAUCUGAACUUGAAGGUAGUCUCAUUGGUAACAUACAACAAGCUAUGAAAGUUAUUAACUUACUCUAAUUUAAUUCCCCGAUAUCUCUUCAAUUCUAUUUAUUUAUAUAUGUAUUAUUAAUAAAUCUACAUUCAGU